AUGCAUCUUUCAAAGAAGGUUCAGAUGGCCAGGAAAAAGGCGGAGCAGGACUCCAUCCUCCUUGCCAACCGAAUUCGACUCCUCAGGAAUGAAGAGGCAAAGACUCGCAAGAAGAUCGUAGAAACAGAAAAGAAGACCCAGGAGAUCAUAGAUGCCCGGCGGCGCAAUGAAAAGCGACGCCAGGACAAGGAGGCCUUUGAGGCGCACAAGGAGGCCCUGGAGUCUGAAUUUCGGACCAAGCAGAUGAUGGAUCGUGCUGACCAGCAGCACAAGGUCCAAGACAAGCUGAGGAGCAUACGAGAGCGAAAUCAAGGCGCAGGAAACGUCAUUCGUCAGGAGCGGCAGGCUUAUCAGGAGGUCGUGGACUUCGAGCGCCAGGCCGCCGCUGAUGAGGCCUUUGCUCGAGCCGAACAGGUUCGGGCAGCAAUGUCGCAAGCAGCGAGGACUGUCCUAAUGGCCUCCAUCAUGGAUGUUCGUAUGUACCUGCUUCUAGGUGCAAACAUGAGGGCGAAGUUUAGCGCACGUGCCCCUUUCAAGCCGUAG